GUGGUAUGAAAUGGUUCCAAAGAUCGAGGAGAUCCCCGAACAGGGACCUGGGUCGUGUCUAAACGGCGAUGCAUGGCUAUAAAAGAACCGGUCAAGUGGCCUUCCCGCCCCUUGCCCUCCGCCCAUCACCCGAGAAAAGGAGUUCAGCCGGUAGACCAAACGCUACCACGACAGUUUUAUGGUUCCAAGGGAGUCUACCCCUUCAAGGGUUGCAGUGCGACAUCACUCGUGGCCUCACCCGCUGUCUAGCAAUUGGAGAAGAAGGGGUGCCCCUGAGUGUCAGACCCGGAAGCGAGAUGAAGUAGCAGCGAAGAGUAUCAUCCCCCGCACUCCCGCCCGGCCGAAAAGUCAGA